AUGAAGAGGAAUAUUUUAGCCGCAGAGGAAGAGAAACAAAAGAAAGAGAUUGCCGAGGCUGAAGCGAAACAGAAGCAAGCUGAGGAAAAGAAGGAAAAGACAGCGAAGAAGAAAGCAGUUCGCAAUGAAAGAAAGAAUAUAAAAACACACGUCAAAAAUUAUAAUUAUUUUUAUCCGGACAAUCAAACACCGCCAGUGGAUAUCAUUGAUAUUCAAUUAUCAGAACUGGAUUCAUUAUUUGAAAAUCUUUCUUUGGAAGACUUACAAAACGUAAGAAAGCAGUUGGAUUCAACCGAAGAUCGUUAUAUUGCCAAGAACGUUCUAGUUAAUGAAGCUAAAAGACUUGUUAGCGCGGGAGUUUUGCCAGCAGAUUCAAUUAAACAUUUCAGUCCGGGUAUCAGUGAAGUAGUCGUUAAAGAAGUUACCCCAGUUGAAAAACCUGUUGCAAAAGAAGAACCUAAAGAACAACCAUGGAGUGUAGAAGAAAUAUCAUUUCUGGUUAAAGCUGCAAAUAAGUUUCCUGGAGGUACUGUGAAUAGGUGGGAGAAGAUAAGUGAACACGUUGCGUAUCACACAGGUUUACCAUCCAGACCUAAUGAGGAAUUAAUUAAAAAGUCAAAAGAGGUCCAGAAAGGUGCAAACGCGUUAGAAGAAGAUGUACGUAAAUUACAGCAUCAAAAGAAACAUGCCGAUGCGCGUAUUACGGAGCAUCCUUCAAUGCGCGAAGCAACUAUUAAUUAUGAUGAGCCGGUAACAACACCUGUUGAACCAAGGAAUAAAUCAAAAUCUACACAAAAAGCGGGUAAAAAUAAAUCGAAAAAAGCCACUAGUGUACAACAGUCAAUAACACCAACAUCAGAAAGUGCAGAGGUGAAAGAAACUUCUACAAAGGCAGAGGUGACUACAGUUACAAAAGAAAAGUCCGAAACGACAACCUCGGCGAAUGGAACAAAUUCUACCUCGGACGCCACCACGUCCACUUCUUCAUCAACACAAUCAGCUUCUAGUUGGACGGCAUCCCAACAAAGUCAAUUGGAACGAGCUUUACAGACCUACCCACCAAGUUGGAAGGGCGAUGGAGAUAGAUGGGACAAGAUUGCUGCAGCAGUCGAAGACAAAACAAAAAAGGCAUGCAAACUUAGAGUUAAGUAUUUGUCUGAGCAAGUCAAGGCCAAAAAAGCUGCAAUGGAUAAGUAA